CUCCAUUAUGGUCGGCAUCUUAAGUGGAACCAACUUGCUCCUCACAACCUGCACGUCGCAUGCGAUAGCAGCAUCAUUUCGAUGGAACGACAGAGGCUGUGAUGCUACUUAGGUGGACGAGUCGUCCUAUGCACCAACAUGACAUCUACCUUCCCGUCAUCCCAGUGACAUCAAGACCCCGUCUCAGCACUCUCUCUCUACUAUAUUCUUGAUAUAUACUUUGCCAACCCCAUCCUACAUCAUGAGCUAUCCCACAGCGCAGACAACAACAAUCCAGAACCCUCGUCUGAGGCUUCUCAAUAAGAUCAGAAGCGGCGAAUUUCCGCUGAUGACUUUUGUCGCGAUACCUUCUGUUCGGCAAGCGCAAAUCGUUGCAUUGACAGGCCUCGAUGGAAUCAUCAUCGACUGUGAGCAUGGUCAUAUCGGAGACGACGCCAUGCACAACUCAGUAGCCGCUAUCUCAGCUCUGGGCGUAUCCCCGAUUAUACGUGUUCGCGGACCGACACACGAUAUACUCAAGCGUGCGCUAGACACUGGGGCGCAUGGCCUUAUGGUUCCUCAGAUCAACACCGCAGAAGAAGCCGCACAAGUUGUCGCAUCCUCGAAAUUUCCGCCACAAGGUGUUCGUGGUCAAGGCUCGGCCUUUCCAGCUAUUGGCCAUGGCCUUACAACACCCGAGUAUAUGAAGUCGGCUGAUCAGACAAUCAUCACCAUGAUCCAAAUCGAGACACGUGCUGGAGUUGAUAAUGUCGACGCCAUCGCUGCAGUUCCGGGUGUUGAUCUCAUAUUCAUUGGACCUAACGAUCUCGCGCAAUCUCUCCUUGGUUAUACCCCUGCACGUGGUGACGAGCCAGAGUUCGUUCAAGCUGUCGACAAGAUAGUCUCUGCUGCUCGCAAACACGGGAAGUGGGCUGGGAGAAUGGUGAACAAUGGGACUGCCGCAAGGGAAGCGAGGGAAAGGUACGAUACUGUUGCUAUCACUGGAGACACGAAGGCAAUACAGAACUGGUAUAUGGCCGAAUUCGAGAUUGCGAGAUCGAACGUAUGAGAUGCUGAGUAGAAUAAAAGUCGUCGUCAGAUAGAUGCGGAUAACAAUCAAACAUAUCACCAGUUCAUCAUAUGGUCCUGUACGACUUUUGGGUGCUGCCUUCACCCCAUAGCUUUCAC